AUCAGGAAAGAACGAGGAAGAACAAAAGCCCGAGCGUCUUUCUGAUUCAGUCUCUCCCAUCCACUUCCUCACCGGACCAGAAACCGACAAACCAUGGCGGCGAAGGGAGCGUGCCUCAACCACGUCUCGCGCGAGUCCUCCGACAUCCGGCGCUUGGCUGAGUUCUACAAGGAGAUUCUUGGGUUCGAGGAGGUGGAGACCCCCGACUUCGGGUUCAAGGUGAUAUGGCUGAGCUUGCCCUCCACGGGCUUCUUCCUCCACCUCAUCGAGCGCUUGCCGGAGGCCAGGCUCCCCGAGGGCCCCUACAGCGCGAGCUCGCCAACCGUCGACCCCAAGUACCUCCCCCGGGGCCACCACGUCUGCUUCAGCAUCGCCAAUUUCGAUUCUUUCGUGCAGACCCUCAAGGAAAAAGGGAUUGAAACUUUUCAGAGGGCUCUGCCGAAUGGCAAGGUUAAGCAGAUCUUCUUCUUCGAUCCGGAUGGUAAUGGCGUGGAGGUAGCGAGCAGGGAGGAUCCUUGAUUGGUGGUAGCUGUUCGUCGAAUGCAGCGGAGGUCAGGAUGUGGUGGAUUGUAUGUAAGGAACUAUUACAAGACUUGUGAAAUAGAAUAAGUAGUACCCAUGACCGAUCAUCCUGUGAGCAUAAUUCUAUCUUUCGUGAUCCCGAUUCGCAACACAAUCUGAACUUGAUAUUUGUAUUGCUCUAUGAUCACUUGUGGUUGUGCAUCAUGCUAUUUCAGUGCAACCAAAACCAAAAUCCAUUCGAUUCAAAUGAACAAGUAUGAUCCCCUUGUGGUGUA